UAAAAAAGUGGCAAACAAGACCAGAAGAAUUUAAGUUGUCACGCGUUGGUUCCCAGAAUAAAGGCCUGUGGUUUAACCCCGACCUGUUCCUGGAGGAGCUCCGGUCCCAAACAGCUGUUUCUGGAUCAGUUUGUUUCCAGUCUUCAGUUCCUCCUGUUUGAAACGUGUUGCUGCAUCAGAUCCAGAAUCAGCUGAUAUUUACAGAAAUCACUGAAGCUGAUGAGCUCAGACAGUAAAUAUUUUGACUCUGUGCUGUUUCCAGGUCAGUUUAUAUCGAGGCUCUUCAUCUUCUUCAUCGUCAGGACUUUGCAGCUUUUUACAUGAUGAUAUUUUGAGGGUGUGAAAGAGGAAGACGUGAAUCAACACACACACACACACACACACACACGUUUCCCUUUUAUCAGCAGUGUUUCAGUCUGAUCGAUGUGUUGCAGCCACCUCACCUCCUCCUCCUCCUCCUCCUCAUCACUUGAAACCAGGAGCGACACCAGCAGCACCGUCCGAGCGUCUAACCUCAGAAGAAGAUGGAGAACCCACAGGUGGGAAUGAUGGACAACCUGUCAUAUUACGACACAAGCUACACUGAUUUUGAGUACGAGGUGAUCGAGCCUUGUUCUCACCAGAACAACCACAGCGUUGAACUGGUGGUCGGCCCUUACAUUCACUCCAUCAUCUGCAUCCUGGGCUUCGUGGGAAACAGCCUGGUGAUCAUCACCUACGCCUUCUACAAGAGGACCAAGUCCAUGACGGACGUCUACCUGCUCAACGUGGCCAUCGCAGACCUGCUGUUCGUGCUGUCGCUGCCCCUCAUCGUCUACAACGAGCUGUCGUCGUGGUCGAUGGGGCCGGUGGCCUGCAAGCUGCUGCGCGGCUCCUACAGCAUGAACCUGUACAGCGGCAUGCUGCUGCUCGCCUGCAUCAGCACCGACCGCUACAUCGCCAUCGUCCAGGCCCGCAGGAGCUUCAGACUGCGCUCGCUGCCGUACAGCCGCCUCAUCUGCACCAUCGUCUGGGCCUCUGCCUUACUGCUGUCCAUCCCCACCUUCUAUUUCUACACCUGGUAUGAGCCAUCCUACACGGAGGAAAUCUUCUUGACUGAGGGGGAAGAGAACAAUGAGACCUCCAGGCCCUCUCAGUACGUCUGCCAGUUCAGGUUCAUGGACAGCGACACGGCCUGGAAGACCAGGGUGGCUGUCCCCAGCACCCAGAUGGCCAUGGGCUUCUUCCUGCCUCUGCUCAUCAUGGUCUUCUGCUACACCGCCGUCAUCGUCACCCUGCUGAGAGCCAGGAACUUCCAGCGGCACAAGGCGGUGCGGGUCGUGCUGGUCGUCGUGGCGGUGUUCAUCACUUGCCACCUGCCCUACAACAUGACGCUCCUCUACGACACCGUCAACAUGUUCGAGCUGCAGUCGUGCGAAGCGUCGGACGCUUUGCACGUAGCAAAGACGGUGACGCAGACCAUCGCCUACCUGCACUGCUGCCUGAACCCGGUGCUGUACGCCUUUGUUGGGGUGAAGUUCAGAAACCACUUCAGGAGGAUCGUCCAGGACCUGUGGUGUCUGGGGAAGAGGUACAUCGCCCCGCGACGCUUCUCCAGGGUCACCUCUGAGAUGUACGUGUCCACUCGCCGCUCCGUGGACGGAUCCAGCGACAACGGCUCAUCUUUCACCAUGUGAGGCCGCUGGCCUGAUGUGGACCAGAAGCUUCAGUCCUAAAUUCAAAGAUCUCUGGAGCUCAGCUGGAAGCCUGCCGCCCCCUGAAAGUCCAACCGGACUGAAGUCUGUGACUCCUUUUGUCAUCAUGUGUGGCUCCAAGCUGAACAUCAGAAGAUACAUUAAAGGGUUUGAAGAUGAUUUCUAAGACAAGAAAUGAGAAUCUGCUCCGCUGUCUUUGCUUUCAGUCCUUUCUGCUUUUUUAUAUUGACAUUCUGCAGUUUUACCUCUUCAGGACUUAAAAACUGAAACAACCUGAGAAGGACACGUCAGUCUUUGGCUGAGACGAACACAGACUGUGAUGAAACUUUGCUUCGAUUUAAACUCCUGCCAAACCUGAAGAGUUGUUCACCGGCUGUUUUUCUAAAAGACUUUAGCGCCACCUGGUGGCUCGGCUGUCAAACAUUUGUCCAACUGUCCCCUGCAAACGAUGUCUGUACAGGACUAACUGGUUCUGACAGGACACCCGUGAGCUGUCGGGAUUGUGGACCCCCCC